GAUGGGGGGGGGUAGAGUGGGUUCAGCAAAACCACGAAGAGUUCAAAUGUUUUUGUCGGGUGGGCUGGAGGACACUGCAGCCUGUGAGGUUUCUUUGGUUUCAUGACGUUUCACUAUUUAUGUUUCGUGGCCGACAGCAGCACGCUGUGUUACACGCCGUGUCUUUAACGCACACGGCCAGAACGUGGAAAACAUUCACGUUUCCACAGGGACUCGGAGUAAACAGGAGCCCGGUGCUGAUAGUCGUUCAUGGAGUCCUGCUGAUGUGAGCGUCUGUAUAAAAGCAGACGUUGUGGGAGUUCACAGGUGGAGACAGGAGUUUUGAGUCUUCAUUCAUAAGUGGGCAUCCCAGCAAAUAUACCGUGACGUCAGACUGCGCAUGCUUAGAGAAACCAAAGAAAAACCCCGAGAAUUCCACGAGUGAAAAAGAAGUCUGUCUGGUUUAUGUUUUGAGAGGAAAGCACCAAAGUUUACUGCGGUUUUCCUCUGAUGACGUCAUUGCGGAAUUCCCCCACUGAUACGUGCAGAGUGCGCGUGCUUGUUGAGGGCGAGGUGGUACUGUCGCUGACCUUGUCCUGUUUACAGUAAUAUUUGUACUGCUUAUAUACACGAUAUACAAAUAUGAUAUUUAUAUUAGUGUGUCGUGUACGUGUGUGUGCGCGUGCGGAAGAAGAAAAACGUUAAAUGAUGGAGUUUGAAGUGUGAAAUAAAUGUGAAUAAAUGAGGUCAUGUGACCGUGAGUCUAGUUUGAGCUGCUGUGUUGGCCGGUUACGGUAUUUUGUAGCUCAGGUCGGACGGAAAGCACCCAGAGUUACUUUCGGUUUGUUCCUUCAUUUGUUGUUGUGGAUUCUGGACGAGCUCAUUCUCUCAGUGUCCGGUGUGGAGGUGGGAGCUGAUGUCCGUGUUUUUCUGGAUAUGAGGAGAGUUUCUCUCUUUCUGUGCUCGCUCUGUUUUUCCUGCUCUGAUCUGUGAACAUGGAGCGAUCAGCUGAUCUCUGCCUCCUCUCUUUGCUGCUCCUGGCCGUGCCCUGCUUUUCCCAGCCCGGGCUUAUUCAGGCAUACUUUCGGCUUGGAGACGCCCUGGUUCUGCAGCCUGUGCCGCCGGUCACUAAACGCAUCACCAGCGUGGUGUGGAAACGCAACCACGACCUGCUGGCCGAGUGGGCGGAGGGAGAGAGUGAGGUGAGAUACUACGGAGGGUUGAGAGGCCGGUCAGAGCUCAGCAUCGGGACCGGACGCCUGCGCGUCAGCGCUGCGUCUGCAGAGGACGCUGGAGUGUUUUCAGUGGAGAUCAACAACGAGCCUCAGAGCGAGCUCUACAGAGCUGCAGCCGUGGAUGAGGUGCCCCAGCCUGAGGCCUUUGUGACACCUCUGGCCUGCAGUCAGGCCUCCUCUCGGUGUUUACUGCACUGCUAUGGACACACUGCAGACACUGAGGACAUCACCUACUACUGGAAGAUGGGCGAUGGAGAGUGGGAGGAGUCAGAAAAGAAGAUAGAGAUCCUCAAUGUUAAUGAGCUGCACCAUGUGAGAACUUUCUCCUGCAGGAUGAAGGACCCAGUGAGUGAGAAAGACAGCGAGCCCAUCAAUAAUCCUUUUUACAGACACAGGAUCCCACCUGACUCUGCAGGGUGGACAGGUGUGGCGGUCACUGUGGGCGGAGCUUUUGGAGCUGCAGCCCUGGUUUCUGUGGCUCUGUUUGCAUUUUGUCAGAGAGAAUUUAUCCUGAAGACCAUUAAGAAGCUCGAAGGCAGGAAUUCUGUCCCACAGAUGUCAGCGACGUGUAACUCUGUGUGAAGCGUCAUCAGCCUGGGUUUGUUGUUUGUGCGUUAGAAACUGUGACCUGCUGCAGGAGAGACACACAUGCAGAUAAACUCACGGCAGCAUGAAUGUUUGUGUUAUUUAACAGCCUCCUCUGUCUGAGCAGGAACUCUGAACUGUUCAGUGUUCUAGUGAAAAGAAACUGCUCAACUACCAGUAACAGAUUUUUGAUCUCGGUGAGAUUUUCACCUGGAUAAAUAAAGGAAUAAAAAAAUCUCCUUGUUUUCUGUCCUCUGAUUCUUCUGGAGCAGCUUUGCAUGAGUCAGAGCCUCAGCUCUGAGCUGCUCUCAGGUUGCUCCCCAUCAUAGUAUGUUUGUGAAUGUUAGAUGAAAAGCACUAGAGCAUAGAAAGAGGCUGUGAAUGAGGCAGCUCUGAUAGCUGUCCAGGACCAAACAGCUGGUCCACAGCUGACCAGUGUUUGAUUCAGCAAAGGUCAGAGGUCACUGAACAGACUGCUCUCCAUCA